AUGGGAAGAAGGCGUACUCCCCAUCGCAAAUCGACACAGCGCGGAGCUCCCGUGGCUAGUUAUCACCACUUGCGCUCAAAGCCCACCAUCACCAUGCCUCCCUUUAAGGAUGAGCAUAUUUUGCUAAUUGCGCCGGGUUCGCAAAUGACCCUGGCCCAGCUGGGUUUGCCCGAAACGUUCACGCCCGCGCGAUUCCGAUUCCCAACACGCAUGUUCCCCGCCGAGAAGAAGGGAGAAUUUGAACCUUACCGUGUCAAUGAGAGGCGCCAGGAGAUCAAGGUCAAGAAUGGCACACAGGCGCCGAAGGAAGACGUGGAAAUGAAGGACGCUCAACCCUCUGCGGCCGACGCUCCAAAGACCGAAUCCACCGAGAAGCCCGAAGGCGAGGGCGACGGUGCCCAGAGUAAUGGCGAAGCUACCAAGACUGUUGAAGAGGUCUUCUACGAAGAGGAUGUGAUGUCCGACAAAGACGCAAUCUAUCCCAUUGAGAACGGGCGCAUUGUCGACUGGCCUUGCUUCUUUGCUCUGCUCACUCACAUUUACAACACCUUGAGCCCACCUUUCCACACUCCAAUCAUGCUCAUCGCCGAGCCUGUCUGGUCUGCGCGCGACCGCGAAGCAAUCACCCAAUUCGUUUUUGAGAAGUUCAAGGCUCCAGCGUUCAGUCUUAUGGACUCUGCGCUUGCGGCUUGCUACGGCUACGGUGUACCCACAGCUACCGUUGUCGAUGUCGGCAAGGGCAAGGUUGAUGUUACUGCUGUCACCGAUUUCGCAGUCAACGAGCACGGCAGAGGUAUUGCCCUGGAGGGCUGCGGUGGAGACUCCAUGACUGAUCGCCUUCUCGAAUUGCUGGAUCCUUCCCCCGGAACUCCACUUCCUGGAGACGCUGCCACCGCGCGCCAGGGUGCGAACCCCGCCGCUGCUGCCUCGACUGGAGGAGCCGAUAGCAACGAUUCUGCCCCGCGUGGACCAGGAGACGGCACACAAACUGGUACAGAGGGUAGUAACGAAGAAGACGAAGGUGUCCUCGAUGUCGCUGCAAUUGUCAGCGGUAACACUACCGAAUAUCUCGCCAAUAUUGAGAAGGAAAAGACGACGACAAAGAAAGGAGCAGCCGAUCCAAAGCAAGGUCGUCUUCCCAACUCGAAGAAAGAGAAAGCUUCGUUCCAGUUCGAAGAAUUCGUGCAAUUGGAAGGACACGAUGCAGCACCCAACGAUUCUCGACAGUACAUUCGUCGGCAACGAGAGAUUGAGGUCAGCAUUGAGCGUUUCCUUCUGACUUCGCCUCGUUUAAAGAACGGAGACCGCCUCACCAGCGGCAUUCUUGAGGACAUUGCCACACAAAUUCACCAUACCAUUAUUGCUGUUCCCGAUGCUACAAAACGAAGCGAGCUUUGGGACUCUUUAAUCAUUGUUGGAUGUGGAAGCAAGGUCAAGGGCUUCACUCAGGCUUUGCUCAGUGUCAUCCAACAAAAGUUCAUUCUUUCUCCUUCUGGCACGAUUUUCACCUCUGAAAUCCCAUCUACUUUCACCACUCCUGCUCCCACCGGCGCCAACACACCCUCUCAUAUGGGCCAAUCUGGGAUGAUGUACCACCCGGCAGCUCCCGGCGUGAACCCUCUUCUCGUUGCUGCUACUCACAACAACCCCGGUAUGCCUGGUAUGCCCGGUAUGCCCGGCACUCCUGGGAUGGACCCCAACACGGUACAUUACCGCUCAACCGGUCAUUCCCAGACCCCCACUUCUGUCAAGACUCUGAAGCUUCCUGAGUAUUUCCCCGACUUCAAGGACCACGGCAACAGCAACGCUCCCGGUGCCAGCGGAGCCAAUUCCACACCCGGGUCAUCCCAGGGUGGCCACGGCAUGGAGGAAGCCAUUUUCCUCGGUGCUCAGAUGGCUGCCAAGGUCUUCUUUGUUCUUGAUCAGGGUCUCAGCAAGGGCUACAUGAGCCGAGUUGAGUACAACGAGAGCGGACCAUCCGCCAUUCACGAAUACAUCUUGUAA